GCCUUAUCCCUUUUAAAAACCCUUCUCAUCCGAUUAGCUUCUGCUUUCUCUGCGCGUAUCUCUCUCUUUGACAGCGCGAUGAUGCCUAGUGGACAAAGAAUGGGUCACUCUUGAUGAUUUUCUAUGGUAGAAAGAUUAGUGUACUUACCACCAUCAGCUUUCUGCUUCCUACCAAAGCUUCUGUAUUAGCAUACAUCUUCUUUUAAAGAGUCCAACAAAGAAGACAAUCCGUGACGACACUAUGUUACCUUUAGUCCCCUUAGAUCGCCUCUAAGUUUUGCCUUUCUCAUCUCAGCAUAUUCAGGGGAAGUAAAACACAUGCAGUUGUUAGAACUCUCUUUUCCUAAUCCUCUCACUCCUUCUGAUUUGCCACCUUCUGCGCAUUUCUUCGCUUGUACUACUUCACUGUGGCAUCCACCCAUUAAACUUGGAUACAACUCGGGUUCUGUUGCUAGAUUGUACACUUCAUCCGGAAAGUUGUCUCGGCCACUCAUGGGUUUGGAAAAAAGCAGCCAGUCAGUUAGAGUUCAAUGUGGAAUGGCAGAACAUGAUGACAGUUUUUACAUGAGGAGGUGCGUGGAGCUUGCGAGGACAGCGUUUGGCUGUACAAGCCCCAAUCCUAUGGUGGGAUGUGUAAUUGUCAAGGAUGGAAAGAUCGUCGGCGAAGGAUUCAAUCCUAAAGCUGGUCAGCCUCAUGCUGAGGUGUUUGCUUUGAGAGAUGCUGGGGAUUUGGUGGAGAAUGCAACUGCUUACGUGAGCCUGGAACCAUGUGACCAUUAUGGAAGGACUCCACCGUGUACGGAAGCCCUGAUCAGAGCCAAAGUAAGAAAGGUGGUAAUUGGGAUGCUAGAUCCUAAUCCAAUUGUGGCUUCAAAAGGUGUUGAUAGAUUAAGAGCUGUGGGGAUCGAGGUGACUGUCGGUGUGGAGGAAGCGCUGUGCAAGAAGCUCAAUGAGGCCUAUAUCCAUCUGAUGCUCAUUGGAAAGCCCUUAUCGCUCUUAGUUUCUAUGACUUCUAGGUACUCCAUCUCCCUUAAUGGUCAAGUCUCAGAUCAUCUUGGUGAAGGAGCCAUCGACUCCGGUGGGUACUACUCCAAGUUACUGCAGGAAUAUGAUGCAGUCAUACUCUCUUCAACCUCAUUAUCUGAUAAGCCGGCACUUCCCAAUUCCCAAGAACCUGGUGCUAAUCAACCUCUUCGGAUAGUAGCAAUUAUAUAA